CGCCAAGUCUGCGGCAAGGCAACCGAGCAGCCGCUUUUCGUAAAUAUAACCUCCUGACACAAACUAGCUUUAGCCAUGAUUCAAGGGUUCAGAAAUGCCUGCUGUGCCACUCUGCGUUUUCAAUGUCGUUUUUCCAGCACUGACAGCCAGAAGGCAGCCGCACAAACUGCAGCGAUCAAAAGUGAAUGGCGAAGACGGAGAAACGUGAUUUUUGACAAUGAAAAACAACGUCAACAAAGUGAGAUUGGCAGGAUAGAAAAAGUGGCCGUCAAAUACUUACCUUGGGACAAAGAUGAGGCACCAAUUGAAAUGCGUAUGAACAAGCAUCUAUCAACACCCUAUGAUUGUACCAAGCAUUUGACUGAAGAUUACACAAAAACGGUGUGCUUGGCAUUGGUUGAUAGACGUCCUUGGGAUUUGCAGAAACCUUUUGAACAAGAUUGUGAACUCGAGCUUAUAACAAUGGCUCAUUCGAAUAAAAGCCCAGUAGUCAAUACUGCUUUCUGGCGUAGUUGUUCGCUUUUAAUGGGUUGCAUGGUUGAGGCAUCUUUUAAAGAUGAAAUUCAAGUUUAUCUUCACAGCUUUCCCAAACCAGAUCUCAAAUCAGGUAGUUUCACAUACGAUGCAGUGAUAGAUUUGCCAGAUUGGAAGCCAACUCAAGCUGAAUUACGUGCCAUGUCAGCGGCUUUUGUCAAACUAUCUAAUCAAGAAAGUAUUAUGGAACGUCUUGAGGUUUCUGAAGAACUUGCUCUUGAUAUGUUCCAAGAUAAUCCAUUCAAAAACAAGCAAAUUCCAAGCAUAGCUCAAAAUCAUAAUGGAAAAAUUGUAUUAUACAGAAUAGGAGAUUUUAUUGAUAUAAGUCAAGGACCAAUGGUUGGUUCAACAGGUAUUAUCGGUAAAGCCACAAUAGCAUCAGUUCAUAAAGUUGAAUCAAAUGAGACAGACAGAUUAUAUCGAUUCCAAGGUGUCGCUUUACCCAGAGGUACUAGAUUAAAUCAUUUUGCAUGGAGCGUUUUAGAAAAAGAUGCAAGGAAAUUUAAUGAUCUUGCAUCUGUAACACCUGUGCGAGAAUCCGUAACAGCAGCACCUACUGAAGUGGUUAGCGACGAGGAAAAAGAAAGAAGCAGCGCAGCUAAUUAAAACAUAGAUGUUAAUUUUUACAAAGAUUAUUAUUACGAAAAAAUCGAAUUUGUAUGACUUGUAAAUAAAGCUUUUUCGAUAUUAUUUAGAAAACAUAA